CAGCCCUCAAGUCUCAUCCGGCACGUCUUCUGUCAGUCUCAUGAAAUGGAUUUGAUCUAUGAAAAUUCAGGUUUCAUACUUUCAACAGUUGCUUCCAGUGAAAAACCUUCUCAAUGCAACGAUGCCUCCAAAACAUCUUAACCUGCAUUGAGAUAACUCCACUGAAGAACAAGAACCAGAGAGAGAAGUCACUUCCCCAAAGUGGAUUAAAGUUCUUCUGGUUGUUCUGGGUUCCUCUUUUGUUUUUGCUCUCGGAGGUCUCUUUACACUGUGGAUGCUUAAUAAUCAAAAGCUUGCUGAUUUUGAGUCCCUGAAUAAUCAGCACAUCAUGAUUUCAAAGCAACUGUCAGCUCAAGAGAUCAACGGCACAAUUCUGAUUAGAGAGCUAGAGGAAUGUAAAUCCAAUUACACAAGAGUUAGAGAUCGCUUUCAACUUCAUGAUGUCAUGAAGAAAGAGUUGAAUGACCUUACAGCCAGAUACAACACACUUAGAAACUGGCUUUCAUUUUACGAUGCUCAGUUUUGUAAUCUCUCUGUGGAUGGCUGGAUAGCUUGUCGUGGAAAGCUGUAUUUAUUCAGCUCUGAUAAACUGAACUGGUCAAGCAGUCGAGAUGUCUGUGUUUCAAAAGAAGCCAAGCUGGUCACCAUAACCAACCAAAAAGAACAGGAUUUUCUGGUCUCUAAAGUAAAACAGACUCACUGGAUUGGUCUCAAUGAUCUGGAAACUGAAGGACACUGGGUUUGGGUGAAUAACCAAACUCUCAAAGAAACUGGAGUACAGUUCUGGUUCAGUGGGGGGCCAAGAGAACCUGAUAACUGGAAAAAGCAGGAUCCAUCUGGAGAGAACUGUGCUGCUCUGGGAGAUGAGAGAGGCAACUUUCAAUCUUGGUUUGAUGCUUCUUGUGAAAAACUGAAAACGUUUAUCUGUGAAAAGAUCUAUUAAUUUAUCUUUAUCAGUAACACAUAAUAAAACAAUGAUACAUCAUGUACUCUACAUAUGCAGAGCAAAAUUGAAUGCUGAUUUGCUUACUUUUACCCAACUAAAAAUUCUGCAUUUCGCCUGUUUUGACUUUGCAUAUUUUAAGAUAUGAAGCAGAUUUACCUUAUAAAAUAAAAGCUUUCUGAUUUGAGAACUCCCACAUCACUCGUUUUUGAAAUCACAAGGACAUGCAAUGCUGUAAUUAAAU